AUGUCUACAAAAUCCGCGAAAAUAAAUGAAUUGUUGAAUCGAAAACGGAAAAUUCAAGAGGAAAAAGUAGAGGUUGGUUUAAGAAUUUUUGAAAUAUUUUUUUUAAAAGUUGAAAUUCAGAUUCCAAAAUUGAAAGAUUCUGGAAAAAAUUUAGUUUCGAAGAAAUAUGUUUUGGAUUUUCUGAAUAUUUUCCAGUUUUUUUUUAAAUUUUAUUUUCAGAAAGCCAGAUUUUCAAAAUAAAAUUGCAAUUGCCGAAAAAAUUGAUAAAUGUUUUCAGCCCCAAAAAAAUUAUGAAAUUUUACCGAAAUUUUUUUUUUCAAAAUUCAAAACUUCAAAUCAUCCCAAAAAUUCAGGAACCCUCGCCUUCAACUUCAAAUCCCACACCAGACCCAAAACCUUUGGAAGAAAAGGACGAAAAAACUGAAAAAGCCAAAAAAGCCCUGUUAUUCGAAGCAAAACGAGCAAAAGAAAGAUCGGAUUCAAUGGGACCACAAGGAUGGAUUCGACCAAAAUGUUUGGAAACAAAUAAGAGAUUUCUACAAAAUACGUUGAAAUCAACAUUGACUAGGAAAGAACGAGAAAGGCUGAAUGGGAAAUGA